UGAUGGCCAGAACAGAAGAGUCUUGCAAAAAGGGUCGCAGUGGGCUUAAUUCACUGGGUGAAAAGCAGGAAACACCCUGGACAGGAGCCACAAGAGUUACCACAUGGAGUCACGCUAUCCUGGACAUCAUUCAACCAGUCCGAAAGAGCCAUUUCCUGGGUGGAUGAAUUUGUCUCAUCAUGAAGAUGAGCACAGACCAGGCUGUGUUGCCCCUGGUAGUCCUGGUCACAUGUUGCUACAGGAGCUUCUCUGGCAGUUUGAGCAGAGAGAGUGCUUGGUUCUGGAGGAAGAGCUACAACAUCAGUCCUGCCAUGGAAAUCUGAGAUGUCGUCGCCACUUCAACGCACCCGGUUUGCUUACACUGAUGCCAGCCUCUGAAUGCAGGCAGUUAGAACGGCUCUGUGGGCGCAUUCCUCCAUCACACGUCUGGGCUGUACUCUUCAGGUUUCGUGAGAUUUUGGCUCACAACGCUGUCCUUCCCUGGGAGCUUGUUUACGUCUUCAAACAGGUCGUGAGGGACUUCAUUAGUGGACAGCAAGAGGUACACAAAUUUCCAAACCCUUCAAGAAUGCUGCUUCCUGUUUCCCCACCUCCAGCAGACAGCAACAUCUGUGGCCAGCCGACUAAAAGAUCAUCAACUGCUUUGCCUUCACAUGACGGGCAGGACGAGGAAAGACAGGAGAUCCCCACCAUCUCCAGCUAUGUGGACAAGCAUUUGCAUUAUGUCUACUCCUUCACUGGACAAAGGGCCUCUCUUCCCUUCUGUCACUCAUACCCCUCUGAUGAGCCCAAGGCCUACAGCAAUACUCUGUAAAGGCCAAAGCAAGCUCAGAGAAACAUGGUGACCCCUCUGUCUUUCCAACGUGUAGAAUCUUUUCCUGAACACAAACCCAGAACUCCUGCGGCAAAACAGAUCAUGGUUUCAAUCCUAAAUCAGGACUGGAACAAAUUAUUUUGAUUCAUACUUUAAGCAUAAAAAAUAGUAUUAUGUUCAUUUAAGAGACACAUUAAAUGUCUAUUUCAAAUAUGUAAACCAGUGUGCAAAAUGCUAAUAAAAACAAAGA